GGCGCUGGUGCACCGCGGCGAGGACACCUCCGACCGCCCACAUUUCCCGGUGAUGCAGCACCUGGGCUUCGGGCCGCACGCGGAAGGGGUGAUCUUUGCCCGCUAUGGGCACACCUGGCGGGAGCAGCGGCGCUUCUCCGUGUCCACCCUGCGCAACUUCGGCCUGGGCAAGAAGUCCCUGGAGCAGUGGGUGACCCAGGAGGCCUCCUGUCUCUGUGCCGCCUUCGCCAACCAGGCCGGACGGCCCUUUAACCCCGACGCCCUCCUGAAUAAAGCGGUGAGCAACGUGAUCGCCUCCCUGACCUUCGGGCGCCGCUUCGACUACAAAGACCCGCGCUUCCUUAAAUUAUUGGACCUAACCGAGGACUUACUGAAGGAACAGUCAGGCUUCCUGCCCCAGGUGCUGAACGCGAUCCCCGUGUUCCUGCACAUUCCAGGGCUGGUCGCCAAGGUCUUUCCUGGGCAGAGGGCCUUCAUGGCUCAGCUGGAUGAGCUGGUUGCUGAGCACAGGAUGACCCGGGACCCAGCCCAGCCUCCCCGAGACCUGACUGACGCUUUCCAGGAUGAGGUGGAGAAGGCUAAGGGGAAUCCUGAGAGCAGCUUCAAUGAUGACAACCUGCGCCUGGUGGUGGCUGACCUGUUCUUUGCUGGGAUGGUGACGACCUCGACCACGCUGGCCUGGGCCCUCCUGCUCAUGAUCCUGCACCCGGAUGUGCAGCGCCGUGUCCAACAGGAGGUCGAUGAGGUGAUAGGGCAGGCGCGGCGACCAGAGAUGGGGGACCAGGCCCACAUGCCCUUCACCAUGGCCGUGGUCCACGAGGUUCAGCGCUUUGCGGACAUCACCCCACUGGGUGUACCCCACAUGACAUCCCGUGACAUUGAAGUGCAGGGCUUCCUCAUUCCCAAGGUAGGCCUGCGGCCCUCCUCAGCCCAGCUCAGCCCCAUCUGCCCCCUCGUAGCCCCAGGAUGGCUAUUGCCAGGUGGGGCCAGGACUGGAACCCAAGCUACCUAAUUCUCAUUUCGACCGGUACUGACUGUCUAGCCUGGCUGGGUGUGGAGAUGAAGCAGAGGCAGGGUUGGUGGUGUACACUAGGAGCCCAAGUUCCAGGGUUAGGGUGGGGGUAAGAAACACUAAAAUGUACCCAAGUUUGCUGGAGGAGCCCGUGCUUGCAAGGACGGGUGGCAGUGAGGGCUUCCAUGGGAGCUAGGUCACUUGGCCCUGCCAUGGGGACAGAGAGGGUGCCGUGAUCUCCUUGGGUUUUAGUGACU